ACUUCACUGAGAAUAGCUCUGUCUGUGGCCAUGGCCUUCUUGUCAUCUAUCCUCCAAAUUACUAGCAGGUUAGUUACUGCUUUUAGAGGAUCACCUUCUUCUUCUUCUUCAUCAUCAUCAUCAGAUAAUCAGAAAGUUAUUGAGGAUGAGUUGAAAGGGUUGGAAAUGAUACUAUGGAAUAUUGACUCAGUUCUUGAGGAUGCUGGGCGAAGAGAGAUUAGAGAUGCAUCAGUGAGGCUCUGGCUUAAGGAACUUAAAGGCAUCGCUUAUGAUGGCGAGGAUGUCCUUGAUGAGUAUGAGUAUGAGUUGUUGCGGUGUCAAGUGGAGAGCAGAAAUGCUGCUGCUGCUGCUGCAGCAGCAGCAGCAAGGAUUUCUCGCAAAAGAAAACAUGUGGAUGAUGAGGAGGAGGAGGAGCAAGUAUAUUUUUCACUGCCUUCAAUUAUCCCAAGAGGGCCAUCAUUUCCAAAUCAUAUGCUUGAUAGGAUUAGGAAAAUCAGAGAGAGGUUUAGUGACAUUGAAAAGGAUCGGAAUGCAUUGAGUUUAAGAGAACUCGGUCCAAGACGGUAUAAUUCUGAUGAUGAUGAUGAUUCUAUCAAGCCACCGCCACCUAGUUCCUCUGUAGAUGAAUCACGUGUAUUUGGAAGGGAUAGUGAUAAAGAAAAGCUCGUUGAGCUACUAUUUUCUGAUAUGAAUUGCAAAUUCUCGGUCAUUUCCAUUGUCGGUAUAGGAGGAUUAGGGAAGACAACACUAGCUCAACUUAUUUAUAAAGAUCAAAGAGUUCGGGGAUACUUUGAUUUGAAAGGAUGGGUAUAUGUCUCAUUGCAUUUCGAUGUUUUACGGCUAACUAAGCUAAUCAUAGAGACACUGAGUGGCCAACAAUCCUGUGCUUUUAUUGAGCUCGAUAAGCUUCAGUCUGUUUUAAGUGAGAGUGUGGAAGGAAAGAAGGUCCUCCUUGUUUUAGAUGACAUUUGGAAUGAAGAACAGAGCCCUUGGCAGUUGCUACAAGCCCCCUUCACCAAUGCUGAUAUUGUUAGGAUAAUUGUGACGACACGAAAUAGCUCAGUUGCCCGAGUCAUGCAAACAGGAACUUCACCUUAUAAACUCGGGCUUUUGUCAGAGGAACAAUCUUGGUUACUGUUCAAACUUUAUGCAUCCGCAGACAAAGAACCAUUGUUGCAAUUUGUAGACAUUGGCAAACAGAUAGUCAAGAAAUGUAAUGGCUUACCAUUGGCAGUUAAGGCACUUGGAGGCAUUCUUCGAUAUGAGAUAGAGGAAAGCAGUUGGUGGGAUGUUCUCCAAAGUGAUCUAUGGGAAUUGGAUGAAGCUCAAGCUGAGAUUCUACCUGCAUUGAAAUUAAGCUAUAGCAGAAUGCCGUCAUACUUGAAACCUUGCUUCUUGUUCUGUUCCAUGUAUCCAAAAGCUCACUUGUUCAGUAAAGGCAAACUAAUCAGGAUCUGGAUGGCACAAGGUUAUAUUCGUGUCAAAGAGAACAAAAUAAUUGAGGAUGUAGGAGAGAAUUACUUCAAUGAGUUGCAGCAGAGAUCAUACUUCCAAUUAUACCAGAACCCGCACAUGCAGUUAAGUACAGGGAAUGAGCAUGAAUGGUAUGUAAUGCAUGAUAUGAUUCAAGAUCUUGCACACUUUAUAUCAGAAAAUGAGUGUCUCUCGAUCAAUAUAAGCGAAGGUCAAGCUGUGCGCCACGAAAUCUCUGAUAAAGUUCGGCACCUGAAUGUGAUGCACCUAUCAACAAUGGAUUUAGAGCUAGCAGAGCUUGUGUCAUUGAAAGAACCAAACUAUUUACGAACAUUUGAUUGUCUUGACAUCAGAUAUAUUGACAGAAGUGAAAGUUUGCUUGUCAAGUUUGGAAGAUUGAGAGCAUUGGAUUUAGAGUUCGCAAGGCCACAAGAAUUACUCUCUUCGAUCGGAAGCUUUAAGCAUCUUCGCUAUCUGUUUGUGAAAAACAAGAUGAGAUGGGAGGCAUUGCCAGAGCGUGUAUGUCAGCUCUAUAACCUGCAAACUUUAGACUUGAAGAACUGUAUGCUUCAUGAGGUUCCUAGUGAAAUCGGCAAUCUAAUUAACUUGAGAUGCCUUGCUCUCUCUUCAUUUUCUGUUGUUCAGUUGCCUGAAUCAAUUGGAAACCUUCACAAUUUGCACACUUUGGAUCUGCAAUCAUGUUACAGGCUUCAAAAACUGCCUCAAGGGAUAUCAAACCUCGUAAAAUUGCGGCACUUGUUCUUCCCCAGCGAUGCUAAACUACCUCAAGGGAUUGGGAAACUAACUAAUCUUGAAACUCUGGAGUAUUUCAGAGCUGGAAAAGGUGAUUCAAUUGAAAAGCAUUGUGGUAUUGAAGAGUUGAAGAACUUGGUGAAUAUCAAAGGAAAGCUUUGCAUAUCAGAGCUCGGAAAACUGGUUUCUGUGGGCAGUGUCAUUGCAGGCAACCUUAAAACUAAGUCCAAAUUGAAGGGUCUGCAACUGAACUGGGGGUAUCUUCAGCAUCCAUACAAGGACAACCUAUGCAGUGAGGAGUUGAAUUUUUCAGUGCUGGAGAGACUAGAACCACACCACGACCUCUUGAGCUUGAAAAUAGAGGGUUACAAAGGUUUAGAUUACCCUGCAUGGCUUGGUGAUCCAUCCUUCACCAGAUUAACCAGCAUUGACUUCGAUUUCUGCAAACAAAUCCAAGAUUUCCCUUGGUUAACGGCAAGACUACCUUCACUCACUAAACUUUAUUUCAAUGAAAUUAAAAUAAUGAAAUCAGUUGCCCAUGAAGGACAAGAGGUUUCAUUCCCUUCACUUGAGGUGUUGUCCUUCUCACACAUGCGAGAAUGGGAUAACUGGAGUUCAGUUAUGGAUAAAGAUUUUCCGAAGCUUAAGAGGCUCACCAUUCAAGCAUGCCCCAAGAUAUGUGAACUUCCAUCCUUUCAAUCACUUGUUAAUCUAACUCUUGCAUAUUGUGAGAAACUGAGGUCUGUCACUGUGCACGAAGAUGCUACAUGCCGAUCCAGGCUUAGUACGCUCCAUGUAUAUGAUUGUGCACAGCUAACAUCACUUGUGGGCCUGAAAUGUCUUAAUUCUCUCUCAGAGUUGGUAAUAGAAACUUGUUCUGAGCUCCGAUUCCAACCUGAUGAUUGUCUGCCGGUCUUGCCAAAAUACGUCAAGAUUUGCGAUAGGAAUGGUCCCAAGCACUGGUGUGAUGAACAUGGAUUCCAUUACAAGCAGUUUUGCAGUUUUGAUCUCCAUCCAAAGGAUGAAGCAGACGAAGCAUAAGAAGUAGAAGGAGCCUUCUUGGUGUUUAUUACACAGAGAGAGACUUUUUUCUUGAGAAGGCUUUUGAUUUUGCAGAAGUUGUGCGCAAUCCUGUCCAUGAUGCUGUUGAACUUCCCGGCCUCCAUAAUGCAAUCAAAGGGUCCGCUGACAUGUCCCAGUGCCAAUGAUGUUACUAUUUGGUGACCACAUCAACAAAUUUACACCAUAAUUCCUUGGGUGACCUUCUGUUGAAGAAUAAUCCAAGUUGGGUGACUAUAAAAUAGAAGUUCAUUAGCCAAAUGUAAAUAUGACAAUAGUUUGAUGACCCCUCAAGAUAUUUACCCAAUACAAUACAUUCUCAUGGGAGUUCUCUUGGGCCUAAUUCAUGUGCUAAACUAGCCCAAUUAUCAUAGGCCUAUUUCAUGUGUGAUUCCAUUAGGGAUGAAGCCGAACAGAAUUCUUGUGUCCAACUGUUGUUAACUUGUUAUCAUCCUAAUUCCAAG